AUGUCGACACCCUGCAACUUCGAAGUCAACGGUCUCUACAUCCUCCUGACGGACCGUGGUGAAAACAGUUUUGCAUUCCACUGGGGCUUCUACCUCCACCAGUCUGGAAUAUCGGGCUGCAUCUAUCACCUCAUAAACGAUGACGGCCCAGCGAGCUGGCGUUUCGACUCGCGACUCAGUGAGAACGUCAUGUUCUCGCAGAGACUCCUUGCGGCCAUCAAGAUAGGAGUGAUAGAUCUCGUUCUUCACCAGGCUUUACCUGAUCGUCUUCAGGAAAUUCCGAUCGCUUACUCAACUCGGUUCCACGAAAGCAUCACCUGUCGCGUGUGGCUUAAAGAAGCACUCUUUGCGUUGGAUGACGAGGGCUAUGUUAAGCUCACACGGAGCGUGGAUGAGAUCGAAGCCGAGGCGAAGAUUCUCGCAAUUCAGAACAAGAGUAUGGGCCAGCGGACUGUUUCUCGAAGUGUCGGAACUUUAGCUUGA